ACAAAUUGUCCUAUUUGUAUUGGAAGCUGUUUUGAUUAUUCUUUCCCCAGUUUUCAAAAUCUGUUCAACAUAACUUCUGUUCUUUUAUCUUCAGGUGAGGAAAACUUAAUCCUGUUAGCUGGCCGACAUGAAUUUCCAUUCAGCUUUCAACUCCCACAAGAACCUUUGGUGACCUCUUUUACUGGGAAGUAUGGCAGCAUUCAAUACUGUGUAAAAGCAGUUCUGGAAAGGCCUGUAGCACCUGAUGAGAGUGUCGAGAGAGAACUUCAGGUUGUCAGCCAUAUUGAUGUCAGCUCACCAGCUUUAUUGAUGCCUGUUUUGAGAAGCCGGGAGAAGAUGGUUGGGUGCUGGCUUUUCACUUCUGGCCCAGUGUCUCUGAGUGCCAAAAUUGAGAGGAAGGGAUACUGUAAUGGAGAAGCAAUACCAAUCUAUGCAGAAAUUGAAAACUGUUCCUCUCGUCUGGUUGUUCCAAAAGCUGCCAUUUUUCAAACACAGACUUAUUUGGCCAGUGGGAAGACUAAGACUUUCCGUCAGAUGGUUGCCAAUGUGCGAGGAAACCAUAUCUCCUCUGGGAGCACAGAUACCUGGAAUGGGAAAACUUUGAAAAUCCCUCCUGUAACCCCUUCCAUACUUGAUUGCUGUAUCAUCAGAGUAGAGUAUACUUUAGCUGUGUAUAUCCAUAUACCUGGUGCUAAGAAACUGAUGAUUGAAAUGCCCUUGGUGAUUGGCACAAUUCCCUGCACUGGGUUUUCAAGCAGGAACUCCAGCGUUACCAGCCAGUUUAGUAUGGAAAUGAGUUGGCUGGCGCUGACCAUGCCAGAACACCCUGAAGCACCACCAAAUUAUGCUGAUGUAGUGUCAGAGGAAGAAUGCUGUAGACAUGUUCCAGCUUACCCACAACCAAUAGACUGUGAGGAGCAACUAUCUUGUCCCAUGUUUGCUUAUAUACAGGAGUUUCGGUUUCAGCCUCCGCCUCUCUAUUCAGAGAUUGAUCCACAUCCUACUAAUGUAGAAGAAAUCCAGCCUGUUUCUUUCACGCUCUAAAGAGACUUUGAAAUAAGCUUUAUUGUGAUGGAAUAGAAGGUUUUAUCUUUCUGCUGCUUCAGCUGACAGUCAAGCUAAAAAGAAACUGGUCACUGAAGCUAAGUUUUUGAAUAAGGAAGAAUGGAAGUGCAAAGGCAGGAGUUGGAAGUUGAGCAUGCUAAGCAGCUGGAAAGGAUUGGUCUGUAUCUGCCUACACAGAGGACGUUGUGCACCUCAUUGCAACAAAGUGUGAGCAGCAAGUUCGGGAUGUCAGGGAAGUAUCCAAGAAGAAAGAAAAGUUCCUUUUUUUAAUGGAAAUGUUACUGAGCGACAAGGAAGCGUUUUAAAGUUGUUUCAAGGAGGAACUAAUGUGUACUGUAACUUAAAGACUUUUCUGGGAGAAUUUGGAUGAACGUACCAUUACGCCAAGAGCUUGAAAGGCAGGAGUUUUGCAUGGUCCGCAGCUGAGAAAGGAACACUAACUGAAAUAUGGAGCCCACAUUAAUGCCAGCUUAAAACAAGCUUUUUUUUUCCCAUGACACUAUACUCUUCUAAGAUCAGUCAUGUGGUACUAUAUCAUAAUUCAGACUGAAUUUAAAUGUGUCAUGGAUAGUUAAAAUAUGGUUAUUUAUGCAAUAUUAUGAAGGCAAGCAUGUAUUGUAUGAAAAACUAAAACUAUGUAAAAGAGAAAGUUGGACUUUGAUAAUGGCUUAUGCACUAUGCUUUCUUGAAGGGACUCUUAAGAAAUUAUUCUAGCCUCUUCUGCUACUGUGCUAGUUCUGUAUCUUAAGCUUAUGGAUAGCAUGAUAAAGGGAAACAUGGCAAGGGGAAAUCCCUUUUUGCCAACAGCAAAUCUGUUUAGCAAAGUGGACUAUAUUUAUUUAUUCAAAUGCCUUUUGAAGCCUACCUCUCUUAAAUAGCCAGUUAGGGUCAGAUCUGAGACCAAAAAUGUCUUGUAAAACUCCAAAAACUCUAAAAGGGUCCCUAAUUGAUUUCUAAAGUGAAGAAAUAAAAAAGGCUGGGAGCAUAGGAAAGAGUGUAAUAUACUUGGAGUAGACUUAGCUUGUAUGUGAAGACAAAGGAGAAAUCAGGGAAGCAAGAUUCCUCUAACGGCACAAAUCUUUUUAACUCCUGCCGUUUUGUUUGAAGACAUUGCCUGUUGUUGAGGCUGCACUGUUCAUUGCUAUCCAUACUCUUUAGUGUUUUUGCUGUCUCUAAUUUUGUUUUUGUGCAAUAUUUUACUAUUUUCUUCCUCAGGUCAUUUAGAACAGUGAGAUUUUUUUUGUUGCUGCUAAGGAUGGAGGCACAGUGCUACUCUGUGCUGCCUUCAUGUCAAGUAGAGUGUUUGCUUCCUGCUGAGCGUUAAUUGGUAAUCCACCUGAUGAGGCACUCAAGAGUUCACUCAGAAAGGAACAGGAGGAUGGCAAACGCUAUAUGCAAACUUCCAGUUUACAGUCAAGUAUUUAACGUAAGGGUUUUUUGAACUGUUUAGACAACUUCAUAUAUUUUACAAAAGGGUUUGGGUUUAGAAAUCUUGGUGCUUCACAUGGCAGAAUACUAUACUUUCUGGUAACUUAAGUGAGAUGUAUUGAAUUGAAUUCAUUUCAUCAAUAACUGCAGUUUUAAAAAAUAAUUUAAGUGGUUUUCUAUGGCGGGGGAGAAAAAUCAUCAGUCAUUUAAGAAGCAGGGAUUUUUUCUACAAGCAUAUCUGUAUUUUUUACUCUCUAUCCUUUUAGCAAGACUCUCCUCUUGUACAUUGUCUAACUUCUACCACUUCACCUCUGUUACCUGUUCAGUCCAUGGUGUAGAAGAGCUGUAAUGACAAAGAUGCAUAUCAUUUCAAACUGCAGUUAUUUUUUUAUUUGUAAUUUGAAGUAUUGUUUUCCUAUCAAAUGUAAUUUCAACUAAAACUUGAUUGCACAUUUUAGAAAAGUCCAUCCUGAGAGAGAUCAUACUUGUCUUAAAGUUUCAAGUUGUAGCUUUCAUGCCUUUUUUUAAUUGAUGGCUUGCCCAUACAGUCGAGCAGCAUUUUUGCUUGCAGAACCUUGAAAGGGA